AUGUGUCGCUCUUUCAGCCUCACAGAGGUUGUCAUCACCAACGUCUCGGCCAGCUCGAGCUUUGACGAGGAGACUCGCAUGGCUGCUCGCAAGGCUCUCGGACAGAACAGAGACCCUCACAUCUGCCACCCUACUCCUUAUGAGAUCCGGCGACGAUCUAAUCCCUCUCUCCCGGAGCCUUCGGGCACCAUCUACCCUCAUCCUCUCAUCAAUCCCAUCAAGGAAGCCCCUCUGAUGACCGAGGUCCGGGCCUUCUACCGGCUUGAAUUCAAAUUUAAGGGCGAGAACCUCGACAUAGUGUGGCAGGAGGGCACAAACAUCUGCAACAAGGGUCAGGGAAGAAUCAUGGGAGACGUUCUUGUCGACCCCGGAAAUUCGAUCGAGAUUGUCACUCAUCUAAUCCAGCACUACAUCAACCAAGCUUACGCUCCGCUCGAACCUGUCGGUGAGUCGGGCUGCCUUUCCGAGCAUUUUGGCGAUGUCAUGGGCGUUAUGGCCAAGAUGUGGCAGGACCGCCUCACUGCUCGCGAGGGUGACUGGGGUAUUGGCCGCAAAUGCUUUAUGCCUGGAAACGACCAAAUUGUGAUCAGAGAUGUGAGAACACCCGGAAGUGCAUACAAUGACCCUCGCUUGGGCAAGGAUCCUCAACCCAUCCACAUGCGAGACUACGUUCACGAUACCACCCCUCCUGGCAUCAUCGAUCACCGCAAGGGCAAUCACGUCAAUACAGGCAUCCCGAACCGCGCUUUCGCCAUUGUCGCUCUGGCCUAUGGCGGCUAUGCCUGGGAGAAGGCCGGCCAGAUCUGGUGGGCUGCAAUGACUUCUAGAGCCGUGCCGGUCAAGUGCACUCUCUCAAAAUUUGCCCUUGUCACCUGCUCCAUUGCCGAGCAGUUCUAUGGUCCUACUGAUGCCCGUACUGUCCGCUUUGCCUGGCAGGAGGUUGGUGUCUUGAGCCCUUCGCUGUGGGAGCAUAUGAGUAUCUUCACAGUUUUGAUGAGAGAAGAGCUCGAGGACGAGUAUGAGGCCGAGGUAGCUCUUGCAGGUCAACAACAGAAUGGCGAGCAAACUGAUGAGAACACCAGCCAGCAGACUCAGCAGCAAAUCAAGCAGGAGUCUGACUCUGAUCAUAGCUCUUCUGCGCCUUCGAUGGCCAACAAUGACACCGAAGUCGUCGAAACACGUCCUGUCUCUCCUGCUUCUUGGACCACAGAUGAUGAGGACGCUACGACUGCACAAGGCACCCCUGCUCCUCCUACUCCCGAACUUCCUCCCACUUAUGAUGUUGACGACGAUGAGGAGCAGGCGAUGUUCACACCUCCUACCACCAGGAUGCCAUCGCCUGCCGGCCGUGACCCCAGGCUCCAUCCGGCUCCCAUCAAUCCUCACGGCUACUCGGAGACUGUGAUCAACGGCGCUCUUGCCGCCGCCAACUUCAUCAUGGAGAAGGCGGUCGAGGUGGACCUCAAAAGGCAGCAUCGCGAGGCCUGUGAGAGAGAAGCUGCCUUUAUGGCGGCUUGUGGACUUUCACCCUUGGCUGGAACGGCUUGCACUUUUGAGGAGCGUGCUCGAGGCCGCUCUUUGGCUAGAGAGUCGGGUGUUGUUGGAAGACUCACCUUGGUUGGCACGUCCUCUGCUGGUGUACAGACAUCCCCUGCUGGAGAGUUGACCUCGACAGCUUCAUCCACUGCUAAGGAACAGUCGACUGUGUCUUCCACUUCUGCUGUGGAGCCCACAAACAUCAGCGAGCCUGGAGCCCUUGACAUGUCUGCUUUCACUGACGACGAUGGCCAGGAUGUGGUCGACCGCGACCUUGUCAUCCGCAAUACUGGUACCGCGGUUGGACGCAGAGCCCAGGGUGGUCACGGCAAUUGCAAGACCACUUUCUGA